CUCAGUUUGGAAACAACACGGUGCCAGCAAGGAAUUCUGCCCUCAGACAUGGCCAGGUGCCGCCCAUGGAGCAUCUUAUUUUCCCUGAUCCCUCCAGAUCUAACUGAUAUAGGUGAUGAAGACAGCUGGGGCCUGUCAGAUGUAUUUUGCGAUCCUCAGGUUGUGAAUGACUUUUUACCUGGAUUCACAAAGACUGACCGUGCUGCCGUCCUGGACAGCACAGAGGAUGCAGCCAGUUCCGUUUUGGAAGGUACUGGGCUCUGGGAAUCCUCCAGCAGCCUCCUGAGUGCGGAGCUGAGCCAGCCCAUGGCUAGCACAGGCCUGGCAGUGCCCCAGGAUGCCAGCCUGGGGUGGCAGUGGGACAGCAGAGCUGCCACGGUGGGGCCACCCUGUGACCUCCUGCAGCAGUGCCUGUGGGAAGCGGGAAUCACGGAGCAGCUGCUGGAGGCGGAGGCCAAGCAGGACCCGGGCAGCUUUCAGCCUCCCCCCCAACUCCAGCCCCUGGGGCAGGUGGCUUUCAGCAGCACCCUGCAGGUCUGCUCCACUGGCACCGAUGUCCCUGCCAGCUGCCCCCACUCAGCCCCAUGCCAGCAACCGCUCCUCAACAAGGAGGGCAACGUCCAGCCCUUCCCGCAGCACCUCGGGCCUUUCUCCAGCCUCCAGGGCCCUGGUGGGACACUGGGCGUGGGGCCCAGCCAGGUGUGGGGGCAGCAGGUGAUGGCCCAGCCAGUGCAGCAGGUCGUGUUCCUCCAGCAGACGUACGGGUGA